GGUAUCUGCCUUUAGCAACUUCCUGAGGAAAUUAGUUGUCAGCAUCAUCCGCCAUCUUCUCACAGCAGACUGUUUCUGUGUUCGGUUGUUGCGCAGUUGUAUUCAGACUUCAGUAAAUAUCAGGAUAGUUUACAGAGAAUUAAAAUCUUUCCAGCCAUGGGUACGACUGUCCCGACCGCGAGUUUUGCUCUGCUUUGUGUUUUUCUUCUCUGUGAGCCCUCACUUCAAACAGAGAAACACUCCCUGUAUUACAUUUACACGGCGUUGUCUAAACCUGUCGAGCUGCCGGGCAUCUAUCAGUUCACUGCUAUGGGUCUGCUAGAUGACAGAGAGAUCGACUAUUACAAUAGCAUCGAACAGAGAAAGAUUCCCAAACAGCACUGGAUGAAGGAGAAAAUGCAGCAGGAUUACUGGGAGAAAGGCACCCAGUCCAGAAAGAGCAAAGAACAGUGGUUUAAUGUGAACGUCGACAUUUUGAUGAAACGCAUGAGACACAAUGAAUCAGAUGUUCAUGUUCUUCAGUGGAGACAUGGUUGUGAAAUUGAGAAACAGGGAGAUGAAGUGAGGUUUUCCAGAGGCAUUGAUGAGUACAGCUACGAUGGAGAUAACUUCCUGUCUUUUGAUGAUAAGGAGUCUCAGUGGGUCGCUCCUGUUGAUGCAGCUCUACCAACCAAGAGGAAGUGGGAUAAUGUGCCCAUCCUAAACCAGUACACCAAGGGCUACCUGGAGAAAGAGUGUGUGGACUGGCUUAACAAAUUCAGAGACUAUGGAGAUGAGGAGCUCAGAAACGGCUCUCCUCCAGAUGUUCAUGUGUUUGCAAAAAGGUGCAACAAAGACAAAACUAAAGUCAAACUCUCCUGUUUUGCCACUGGCUUCUACCCCAAAGAUGUGAUGCUGGUAAUUAGGAAAUAUCGCUCACCCCUGCCUGAAGAGGAGAUUGUAUCCUCAGGAAUCAGACCAAACCAUGAUGGGACCUACCAGCUGAAGAAGAGUGUGGACAUCCCUGAGGAUGAAAAAGCAGAAUAUGAUUGUUUUGUGUCUCACAGAACCCUCCAAGAGCCAAUAAUCACCAAAUGGGAUGGACUAUGCCCAGACUGCGGAGGCUCACUGAUUACUGGAAUUGCGAUUGGAGCUGUACUUGUAAUAGUUAUUGUUGCAGCGGUCUUUCUUUACCUUUGUUAUGCUAAAAUACUUGUUUGCCCAAAAAAGAGUGAAACCAAUGGAGGAGUUCAAGGGGAUACUCGUAAUGGAGUAAUUGUAAAUCUUCUGCCAGGAUCCAAUGGAGUGUAAAGAAGUCAUCUAGCAGAAAAAAAAUGCAUAUGUAUUUCAGAAUUAUGAACAAUCUUAUAGUCAUGUUACACUGCAAUAUUGAUUAUAAUUUCUUUUUGUGCCAUAGAAAGCAGGAAAAGUAAUGACUGAAGAUGGACUUCUUUUUCCAUCAGUAUUAACGUGUGUUUUUUUUUUUUUCGGAAUCAUCUUAUGUGUGUAAGAGUCAGACAUAGGUUACUAAAACUGUUUGUAAUGACUGCUUUAGUCAUACUACUUUCAGUAAUGUGUAGUUAUGCAUGUGUGAUAAGAAAGAACAUGAAAUAUGGGGGAUUUUGAACUUUUAUCAUCUUUGACCUCAAGGAAAAUGUACAAUAUCUGGAAUAACACCUUUUGCCCUCUUUUUCAGUAAGUUCAGGAAGUUACUGUAGGGUAGCUGUAGUCAUUCACUGUUAUAACCAAAAAUGUUUAUUCAAGUUAGGUCAAACAUUUCAGUUGAUGACAGUAUGCUUUUGUUACAACAUCAUGCAUUUGGUAAAUGCCUUUAUCCACUACACACAAGUAUUACACUUCACCAGUUGAUACAUUUCAUGAGACUCAAACCCAUGACACAUAGUAGAGCGUGUUUUAAGUAUGAAUUAAUGAAGUGUUGUGCUUAAGUUUUGAAUAAGCAAUAUAACAGUGUUAUAAUGUGGUUGCAAAACAGUUUUGUUGAAGAUUUGGCUUUGUUGACUGCAGACUGCUUUAUUUAUUUAUUUUUUUCAGAAUGAAUAGCAUCCUUUCACUAAGCAGAAAUAAAGCAUGAUACACUAGAUCAUGCAAUGAGUAAAGUUAGCACUACUGACUGAAAAACUGAUUCGGUGUUACCUAAAAACUUUAUAAACAUAUAUGUAUGUAAUCAUUUAAAUGUUAAAUAUCAUUAUUGUAAAUCGAAGGUCACAUGCAUUUCAUAAUAUCCACCUGAUUUCUCCUGUAAGAGCAGGUGUGGCCAUUAGUAAAUUCAACUUGUUUGCUUCUGGUGUCAUCUGCUUCCAGCACUUUAGCUGCACAAAACAGCUCAUCGUAUUAUUUUUAAUAUAUUAUCUUAAUUUUAAACACAUUGCUUUGUAGCUGCAUUCAAUAAAUAAAACCACUUCCCAUUAAAAGUUUUCUAAAUGUC